UCAAAGCUUUAUAAAAACGAUAACAUGUUGGUACUGUCGUAACACCAUCUUUUUUAUUGUCACCACCCGCAAUCUUGGUUAUGUUGCCUUGAUGCCGCGCCAUCGAUUCUCCCACCGUUCUUCGGUAAACGAUGUAAGAUGAUUCUUGAGAUUGGUACGGCUGCAGAGCGAAGCAAUGAGUGUCGUGAAUCGAGUGACCCAUCUGGGCCUGCAAUCCGAUGUCUUCCGCUACGUCUAUCUCCUUAGAGCCAGCAUUAAGACGAAGGAUCUGGUUAUGGGGAGAGCUUGCCACUCCCAGAUGAUCGUCGCCGGAUUCAUCCCGAGGGUCUUCGUUGGGAACCUCUUGAUGACUAUGUGCUUGAAGUGCGGCCUUUUUCGCGAUGCACGUCAAGUGUUCGACCGUAUGCCCCAGAGGGAUGCAGUUUCCUGGAACAUGGGUUUGGUUGCUUGUCUGAGAGUGGGUGAUAUUGCGGGUGCUCGAACGGUGUUCGAAGAAAUGCCCCAGCGAAGUGAAAUGGCAUGGGAUGCCAUGAUUUGUGAGUAUUUGCAGCAGGGAGAGUUGGCGAUGUGUCUGAGCCUUUUUCAGAAGAUGCGAGCUUGUGGGGGUUGUGUCUGUAGCUCAUCCUUAUCGCAGAAGUUGUUUUCACGUGUUGUUGGUAUUUCUGGGAGUGUUGGUGAUGUCAAUUUGGGUAAGAUUCUCCAUUCUCAUGUUCUGAAACUUGGGUUCAGGUUGAUGCUACAUUUAGGCAAUGCUCUAGUUGAUAUGUAUGCUAAAUGUGGGGAGAUGGACUUUGCGCAGAAAACUUUUGAGCGGCUACCAGAGAAGGACGCCUCCUCUUGGAACUCAAUACUAUCGGGGUAUUUGCGAAAUGAAGGUACUGAUGAGGUGGUCGCACUAUUUGCCUCUAUGAAUCAGUCUAGCCAGGCGCCAAACCAGUUUACUUUUGCAUUAGUUUUGUCAGCAUGCGCACGAUUGGGAAUGGUUGGGCUAGGUAUGCAGGUUCAUUGUUCUGUUGUGAAGACAGGAUUUGAAUUCAAUCCAUUUUGUGAAGGUUCUUUGAUUGAUAUGUAUUGCAAAUGCAAUUAUAUUAAUGAUGCACGUCUGCUUUUUGAUAAAAUAACUAGACCUGAUACAGUGUCAUGGACGGCCAUGAUUUCUGGGUAUGUUCAGGUUGGUGGGCUUCAAGAAGCUCUUAAGUUGUUUCUAGAGAUGUGGAAAUUGGGAGCUGAACCGGAUAGAGUUACCUUUGCUACUAUUAUUAGUGCAUGUGCUAGUCAAGGUAUGCUUGAUGAUGCACAGCGAUUGUUCCACCAACUAUCCAACCCAAAUGUGGUUGUGUGGAAUGCCAUGAUCUCUGGCAAUGCUCAAAAUGGGCAUGAAAAUGAAGCUCUUAGAUUAUUCCAAGAAAUGAGGCUAUCUGGAGUUAAGCCUACUCGAUCAACCUAUGGAAGCAUUUUAAGUGUUUGUGCUCAUCUCACAGAUCUGGUGCUUGGCCAGCAAAUUCAUUCGGAAGUGAUUAAACUUGGUCUAGACAAGAAUGUUUAUGUUGGUAGUGCACUCAUUACUGUUUAUUCCAGGUGCUCAAUUGUAGAGGAUGCUCAUGAAGUUUUUGUUGCAGUGGAUAAUAGAAAUAUUGUCCUCUGGAAUGCAAUUCUUGGAUGCUAUGCACAAAACAGCGAUCCUUCAAAAGUUGUGGAACUCUUUGCUUCUUUGUUGAGUUCUAGUUUCCAGCCAGAUGAGGUUACCUACACUAGUAUUCUCAAUGCUUGUGCAUGUUUAUCCUUCACUGGCUUGGCUAGGCAGUUGCACUGUAAUAUAAUAAAGGACAAUCGGGAUCAGAGCCUUUGUGUAGGAAAUGCACUUAUUGACAUGUAUGGCAAAUUAGGAAAUAUAGAGGAUGCAAGACAGCAAUUUGAUCUUAUGAUGCUCAAAGAUACUAUUACGUGGAACUCGAUGGUGGCUGGGUAUGUCCAAGGCAAUGAUGUGGAUGAGGCCAUUUAUUUAUUCUGCCAGAUGAUGUGGCAGGGCAUAAGCCCUGAUGAAGUUUCCUUUGCCUGUGCCCUCAGUAUGCUUGCCAAUUUAGAUGCGCUUGAAGCAGGCAAGCAAAUGCAUGCAUCUGCUAUCAAGUCAGGAUUUGAACUGAAUUUAUAUGUAGGCAGCGCCCUUGUUGAUAUGUAUGCUAAAUGUGCUUCAAUGGAAGAAGCACAUAAUAUUCUUGCUCAGAUGCCAGAAUCGAAUGUAGUGUCAAGGAAUGCACUGAUUGCAGGUUAUGUGCAGAAUGAUCAAGCAAUGGAAGCAAUAGAUGUUUUUCGACAGAUGCAAGCAGCAGAAGUGAAGGCAACAGAAUUCACAUUUUCCAGUAUUUUAGUUGCAUGCGAUGGUCUAUGUGGAUUGAAUAUGGGGAAACAAGUUCAUGGUUAUGUAAUCAAGACUGGAUUUAUUUCUGAAGCAUUUUUGGGUAUUACACUUAUUGGCAUGUAUGCAAGAUGCCAAACCAGCGAAGAUGCGUGCCUUUUAUUUAGGGAACUGAAUGGUCAGAGCACAGUUUCAUGGACAGCUAUUAUUUCAGGCCUCAUACAGAACGGUUUAAAUAAAAAAGCUCUUGACUUUUUCCUGGAAAUGCGAAGUAUUAAUGUAGAACCAGAUCAUGCUACUUUUGCUAGCAUUCUUAAAGCAUGUGCCAGCUUAGCAGCACUAGAAGAUGGCAAAAAAUUGCAUAGUCUAAUCAUUCGCACCGGUUUUGCAUUCAACACCCACACAAGCAGUGCACUCAUUGAUAUGUAUGCCAAAUGUGGUGAUAUAGUUAGUGCUACUGCUGUUUUCAAUACAAUUGAUAAUCAUGACAUUAUCUCUUGGAAUGCAAUGAUUACAGGUUUUGCAAAGAAUGGGAAUGCAGAAUAUGCACUUAACCUCUUCAAAGAAAUGCAUCUUGAGUCUGUAAAACCAGAUGACAUCACGUUUCUUGGGGUUCUUACAGCAUGUUGCCAUUCAGGUUUGGUUUCAGAAGGAUGUCAAUACUUUAAAUUGAUGGUUGACGAGUAUGAACUAGAGCCACGAGCAGAUCAUUAUGCUUGCAUGGUUGAUUUGCUUGGUCGUGGUGGAUAUCUCAAUGAAGCACUUGAGUUUUUGAGCAUGUUACCAUUUGAACCUGAUUCUGUGGUGCUUGCAUCUUUGCUUGGUUCUUGCAGAGUGCAUGGUAAUGAAUUAAUCGGUGCACAUAUAGCAAAGAAGCUUAUGGAUGUGGAGCCCCAGAGUUCAUAUCCAUAUGUACUUCUUAGUAAUUUAUAUGCUUCCAGUGGAAAUUGGGAGGAAGUGAGGACAAUGAGGAAAAUAAUGAAAGAAAAACAGGUCAACAAGUUUCCAGGAUGCAGUUGGAUUAUUAUUGGGGACAAGACACACUCGUUUGUUGCUGGAGAUAAAUGUCACCCUGAAUCAGUUGAAGUUUAUGAGUUGUUGAAUUCAAUAAGUGCCUGGAUUAAAGAGGAGGACCUUGUCAGUAACUAUGAAUCAACUGUUGUUGAGGAAUGCUGAGACAUGUUUGUGUUACAGGCGCUUUCAGUUAAAGAAAAACUAAUGAACAAAUGAGUAGCUGAAGACCUGUUGAAACAGUGCAGGAACUGGGAAAUCAAGAAGGAUGUGAAGUUAUUCAUGAGUGCUUCAUCAUACCAAUACCAUUAACGAGGUAUUAGCACAGAGUAUUGAUACCUGUGAAUGUACGAUAUAACAAGUGGUCCAUUAUGGUGAUUUAGCGCUUAUCAGAAUCAGAGGACUUUAUUUACCGAGGACUCGAUAUCGAGACACCCACAAUGCAUAAGUUCAUUGGGCACACCUGCAGCAAGAGUCCUGGCGUCCUUCUGGGCACACCAAUUAGCCCUGUCAUUGUCCAGUCAUCGUCAGUAUAGCUGUAUCUCAAUGGUAAAGACAGCAAGAGAUAUGAUGCUGGUGGCAAAGGUGCGUUCUGGUUAACCAUUGGCAUAGGCCUGGGCAAAGUGAAAGAGUUUAUUGGAUCAUUAUGUGUAUCUAUAUAUAUGUUUGCUAGUCAUUAUCAUGUAAUUGUGGCCCAUGAUCAGUCCCGCUGCAAAGCCUGCUGGGGGUAGCCCCAUCUUUUAUUAACAAAAAGUGACUAUUUACAAUGUACAAAAACGUAAGGGGGACUGCCCAGACAUCAGGGCCAAGUGUCCCAUUUUAGUUGACCCCAUAGGGCAAGGCUUCAACAAAAUUUCAAUCACUUUACAAAAGGGAUUAUAAUUAGUGAUUGUAACAAGCUUUCUAUAGCAUAUGAAAGUGUAGUUAGCCUCCUCAGCUUUAGAUAGAAAUUUCAGCAUCUUCUUAAAACGGUGUCUCCAGUGCUUAGGGCCUACGGUCAGUUGGACAGCACCUUCCACACAUAGCAAAAUCUGAGAUAGCUCCUCAACGAUAUGCAUACAGCUAGAAGAAUUGUACUGUCUCAUCGUGACUUGGAUAUCUGAGUUGAGAAUCCCGUAAGCUAGUCUGAAACAGCCUGGUUAAUGUAGAACUGCAAUCUAUGCACAAAAGGUCCUAGACGAAAGCCUAUUAUUGUCAUCUGCAUCAAUUUUGGUUUUGAGCCAAAGCAUGAGCUGCCUAUGAGAAAUCUUGUUCACAAAUAGGUUGUCCCAAAUGAGGUGGACAUCCUUCCAAAGAGCCGACUCAAACCUGUGUGGAGGAGGGAGGGCUUCGCCAUGUGUAACACGAUUUUGCAACUUCCAAAUAUUUAUUGCCAUAGCCAGGACAGCCUUCCACCCUCUUCUAUAGCUGUUAUCUACCCAUUUCAUGAUGGUUUCAAUAACAAUAUCUCCUAAGGCAAGCCUCUCCCAAACUUUGAGCCUAGCCAUUUCCAAAAUUUCUUAGUCCGGCUACAUUUACGAAACAGGUGAGCCGCUGUUUCUUCCUCUUUUUUUACAUAAGACACAUCGGUUUGUAAGUGGAAGGCCUUGUUUCUUGCAUCUAUCCAAGGUAGCCAGCCUACUAUGGGCUUCUAGAAAGGUGAACCAUGCUGCAUUUUUUUUUUGUGGGGGGGGGGGGGGAGGUGUGGAGAGGGGGGCGCAAGGGAUCAAUAGCAUGACUGAUCCAAGGCUGGUGCAUCACUGCCUGCACUUGGGUUUCAUCCAAUUUGAUCUAUUCCACAGUCUUGUCUAAGUGACUCUCCACAACUCCAAAAUCAGCACCAACCAGUCUUUGGUUAAGAACACCAGACGCCCAAGACUCAAACCAAAAACUGAUGCAACUUCCAUCUCCAGGUUUCCAAUGGACAUAUUGACCAGUGGCUGUCCAUGCCCAUAGAAUAGCUUGCCAUGACGCCGACUGGUUAGCAGCCUUCUUUGGUACCUAAUGGCUGUUACGCCGGAGGUAUUUCUUCCUCACCAUGUCCGCGCACAUCGAGUCACUACGAUCUGAAUGCCCAUUGGAUCAACAUAGCCCUAUUGAGAGUAUGAAUGUCAAUCAUGUCGAUCCCCCCUUCAUUAACUGGGUUACAUAAGGCUGUCCAAGCUGGUUAUCUGUGUCAGCCCAAACAAAAUUGGCCAGAAGCUUAUCAAGAUUCCGAACUGUGGCAACAAGAAGUCUAAGGGCUCUAGCCCAGUAAUUGAUGAUCUGGGGGAGGACACUCUUGACAAGGCAUAUUCUCCUGGAGUAAGAGAGCGUGUUUGCUUUCCAGCCACUUAAUUUUCAUUUCCACCUUUUCAAUUAAAGGGCAACAAAGAAGGGCAGUAAGCUUACCACAAAAAAAAGGGGAGACCCAAGUACGAACUAGGAAGCUCUUUGAUGGCCCAGCCCUGCCUAUCUUUGCAAAUAUUCACGAUUUGGAGUUGUGUGUUAAAAGAAGUGAUGGUAAACUUAUCUAAAUUACAGCUCAUCCCUGCACUUUGUUCAAAGUCUGAGUACUUCUUUGAGACAAUUCGUAACCGCUGGUUUUGCUCUACAAAACAGCAAAAUAUCAUCAGCAAAAGCAAGAGCGGUAGGGAUAGAAUGGAAACCUCGUGGAUUUGGUAUCUUAAGCCAACCCCUACCAUGUUCGAAUUUGAGCUUACGGAUGAUCAUCUCCAUAACAAGGAAGAAAAGAUAGGGGGAGAGGGGGUCUCUUUGUCUCAGACCUCGCUUUCCAUAAAAAAGACACCUUCUCUACCAUUGAGAAUCACAACAUAUGAAGCACUGCCUACACAACUCAUGAUAUUCCGAAUCCAGACUGCGGGGAAACGAAGACAUUGAAGUGCUUGGGAUAAAAAUCCAAAAUUAACCCAAUCAUAAGCCUUUGAUAGAUCAAGUUUGAGGAGAAGGGAUGCACCAGUAUGAUGGGCUAGACUGUUUACCAAAUCAUGUGCCAUCAAGAUGUUCCAUGGAUUUGUCGACCUGACAGGAACGCUCCCUACUCCUUGCUCAAAAUUCCUCUCAUCCGGUUGACCGUGUCUUUGUGAUGAAUUUAUAGACUGAGUUGCAAAGGGCAAUAGGGCGGAAGUCCUUAAUAUCCCUUGCACCCUGGAAUUCGGGAAUAAGGACCAAGUGUGACCGAUUCAUCUUCUUGACCAAUCUACUUGUAAUAAAGAAGUCCUUAAAAGCUUACAUAACUGCUCGACUGUCUGUCUCCUAGUAGGCCUUAAAGAAUCCUGUUGGCAUCAGGGCUUGACACUUUGUCACCAUUCGAGUCGAAAACUGCCUUUUUGAUUUCCCAACCUUCUACCAGUUUUUCCAAGAGUAUAGCCUCCGUCACUGAAACAACAAGCCCAUCUUUGCAUCCGUCCUUCAGCUGGCUAGUAGACAAAUCGCUAUCAUAGAAUUUUCUACAAAAUAGUCAAUACAUAGCUUAUGAAUAUGAACAGGGUCAGAGGCAGUUACCGAAUCAACUGUGGUAGCAAAAAAUAAAAUUUUUCUUGAAGCUAGCUUUUGCUUGGGCUUGAAAAAAUCUAGUGUUUCUAUCUCCCUCUGACAGCUAGGGCUGCACAAUGAGUCGAGCCAACUCAUGCUCGACUUGAACUCGCUCGAAAAAGCUCGGCUCGAGCUCGACUCAUUUAUAAACGAGCCGAGUUCAAGCUCACACUUAAACUCGAAACAAUAAGCGAGUUGAGUUCAAGUUGCAAGAACUUGACUCGUUUAAACUCGACUCGACUCGCUAUUUAAAACUAGUUGAAUCGUAUAAACCUAUUCGCGAAACCAAUUCACCGGUUUAGGGUAACUUUUCCGUCUUCUUAAGUUCUCUUCGCCUCUUCGGUCUUCCGUCUCCAUCUUUUCAAGUUUCCAACUGCUCUCUCUCUUCUCGUCUUCCCUCUUCAAACCAACCAGAUGAUCACCCUUCUGCUCCUCACAUGCUCACCGCUAGACGGCCUGCACAAGAACGGUAGCACCACCAUCCGGAAUAGCCCUCCUACUACCACCGGUAGCACCACGUCCGCCACCGCCCUCCACCAUCUCCACCGCCAUCAUCAUCCUGCAGGGAUCUCUCUCCCCCACUCAUAUAUAUGCAGCCACCAGAACUUCACUUUGGCCUCUGCCUCUUUUCCUCCCCACCUAUGUAUGCCUUUAUUUUCACAAGCGUCGUUUACAAAUAAUUUAUUUCCAGUAAGAGUCAGAAUAUUGAUUGUUGAUCCUGAAAUUUUCAGACUGAGAAGGCAUUUCUUAAGCAACCUAAAGUCUUUAUAAGGUAAAGCUCUUACCUGGAUUUAGGUCUUAUUCAGUCUAAGUUGAGGCGACUGUGUUUGUAACAUUAAAUGGAUUUCAUUCUUUAUUAGGUAUCAAGUGCACAACUUAGAACAAAUUUGAAUAUUCAAUAUUAUGCUCAUUUUCGUGCAUGUGCUUGUGGAUGUGCAUUUGUACAAAUAAUCAAACGUGCUUGGCUAUAAGUCUAUUGUCUGUCUAAUUUGCACCUUUACUAACAUCUUCGUGGUUAUUUUCUUUUGUCUAAUAUUUUCUAUUGAAGAAUUCUUUCUGCCUGGAGAAGUGAUUUUGGAACAGGGAAAUGCUGUUGACCAGAUUUAUGUUGUUUGCCAUGGGAUGCUGGAAGAAGUGGGCAUCGGAGAAGAUGGGUUGGAGGAAAUAGUUUCACUGCUUGAACCUAAUUCAUCAUUUGGUGAAACUCCAUCCUCUGCAAUAUCCCUCAGCCUCAUACUGUCCGUGUUUGUGAAUUAUGUAGACUUUUGCGGCUUGACAAACAGUCUUUCACCAAUGUCCUGAAAAUUUAUUUCAUAGAUGGGCGGAUAAUCCUGAGUAAACUCCUUGAGGUUAAAGAGUCAAAUAAUCGUAUAAAGCACCUGGAGUCUGAUAUCACAUUUCACAUUGGAGUCUGAUAUCACAUUUCGCAUUGGGAAGAAAGAAGCUGAACUUGCUCUUCGAGUAAAUAGUGCUGCUCAUCAUGGAGACCUGUAUCACCUGAAGGGUUUUGUUUGUGAUGGAGCAGACCCGAAUAAGACUGACUAUGAUGCACAAUCUGCUCUGUAUUUAUCGGCAUCAAAAGGCUAUACUGACAUCAUUGCGUUCCUCAUUAAUGAAGGAGUUGACAUUAACUUAAAGGAUAAAUUUGGAAACUCACCACUGCUUGAAGCUAUCAAGAAUGGACAUGAUCAAGUUGCAUCUUUGCUUAUUCAGCAUGGUGCAUGUUUAGACAUUGAUGAUGCAAGAAGCUGUCUUUGUAAAGCUGUUGCUAAAGGGAAUUUGGAUUUCGUAAGGUGCCUUUUAGCAUAUGGUGUCAACCCAAAUUCCAAAGGUUAUGAUAAUAGAACACCACUUCACAUAGCUGCAUGAAGAUUUUUUUCUACCUGGGGAAGUGAUUUUGGAACAUGGAAAUGCUGUUGACCAGAUUUACUUUGUUUGUCAUGGGAUGCUGGAUUUGCUUUGUUGGGGAAAUGUUAAUAUGACUACAUUAAGCAGAUCUGAAUUCCAUAAACAUCUCAAGGUUGUGCAUGGCUCAAUUAAAGAAGAAUUAUUCGAUUUCGCGGACCAAGUGGAACCUAUUUCUUGUGAUGGAUAACAGAUUAUUAAUGUUGGACAAAGUUCAACGUUUUGGUGUGGCACUGGAUGAUAGAUGCCCUGCAUGCAAAAAUGAUUCUGAUCAGUUAGUUUCUCAUAUGCUGCUGAAGUGCAGAACAACUAAGGCAGCUUGGAAAUUUCUGAAGCAAAAAUCUGAUUGUGUAAUUACGAAUGCUCUCUCAAUCAAGGAAAUGUGGUGCUAGCUGGUGGUGGAAAAAUAAGGAAGAAAAGGUUCGUCCUCUUGGAGUCAGAUUUCUUCCUCCUUAUUUUUAAAAUGCACAAAGAUAGGGUAAGCUACCAUUGGCUCUGAUGAUCUGUACGGACUAGUCAAGAUUAUUAUUUUCUCAAAGUAUAAAUUAUUCUCCUCAACAAACACCAACUGUGUAUGGCAGCCUAGUCUUGUGCUGUCGAACAGCUUUGCCUAUCCUCAUAUUUAUGUGCCAGGCCCAUGCGAUGUUUGGCUUGGCUUGACUAAUGUAUGAUAUCUAUGUACCCCUGCUUCUCAUUGUAA